UUUGCUCUCAUUUGCUAAGAAGUUAAAAAGCUUUUUUCUUCCCCUUCUUUUUGCAAGUCAUGGAACCCGACUCAGAUGAAUCAAGAGCAGUGGCAAUAACAGGGAAGAUCAUGGUCAUCGCCAUAAUAAUUCUCUUCUUAGUGGUGGUUUUUGUGCUUUUUCUUCAUCUUUAUGCUAAAUGGUUCUGGUGGAGCGUCGAAGAACCAACUCCCCAGUCUUCUUCACGCCGCCGACGUCGUUUCGUGUUUGCUCCGGGACAAGACACUGCUCAUCCUCUGCGUGCAACAAAAGGCCUUGAUCCCACAAUCCUCGCUUCCCUUCCCGUUUUAAUAUACAGCCAAGAAGAGUUCAAAGAAGGGCUCGAAUGCGCGGUUUGCUUGUGCGAGGUAGUAGAAGGAGAGAAAGCGAGGCUGCUUCCAAAAUGCAACCAUGGAUUCCACGUUGAGUGCGUUGACAUGUGGUUUAAGUCACACUCAACUUGUCCUCUUUGUAGGAACUCUGUUGUUGCUGUUGAGGGUGAGAACCCAAGUUCUGCCAUGUCAGGAGAUGAAGUUAACAUUGGUCAUAUUCAGUCUCCACAUGAUGAUGGUUUGGCUUCUGGGUAUUCCACAGAUUCUCCUACUUUCCCUACAAAUGUGUUGUUUUGGGGUAAUCAUCAAGGCCAGGUUAGCAGCGGCGGUGCCAACUUGGAAGAGGGUUCAUCUGCAUCUGCUUUGGCCUCGGCCUCAUCUGCAGCUUUUGCUUCGUCAUCAAUGGCAUCCGGUAGUGGCAGGCAAGAAGGCAUGCUGGUGAUUAAUGUUCCAAUGAAUGCGAACGAAAAUUUUCCGGAGGAGGAAUCAAAGUCACCAAUGCCGACAAGAUUGAGGUCUUUGAAAAGGCGUUUAAGCAGGGAAAAAAGGAUGGUCCCAAGUGGUUCAGGAACCAAUGGUUCCAUCGAUGUUUGAAGUUAGAAUUAGAUAGGUUUGAGUAUCAGAAAUGGCUGGAGAUUAUCAAAUUGGAAUCAAGUCCACCAUUCCUAGAGAAUUGUGUUGGUCUCUUGGAAACCAAUUGCAUUAGGCAUUUUGAAGCAUUGAAACUAUUGCACAAGAUGUUUAUGAAGAGGA